AUGAAUUCUCCGAUCGCUCUUAAUGGACGCCAUGUCACAAACCCAACUCCAAUCCUCCAAAACCCCAAACCCUACAAAAUCCACAAAAAUUCUAACAUUAAGUUACCUUGUACAAUCUUCACAAACUCCUUCAGAACUUUCUGUUCUGUGAAUAAUCCUUUUACGGAAAAAUUCCCGUAUAAAACCCGGAAUUUUGAAUUGAAUCGAUUGAGGGCUUCAUCAAAUGAUGCUCAAUCUAUUGCGGGCAGUUCUUUUGGCGACCAAAGUGAAGCACGAGCGCCGAGUUUUUUGGAAUUUAUUACUUCAGAGAGAGUCAAAGUGGUGGCAAUGCUUGCAUUAGCUUUGGCAUUGUGUAAUGCUGACCGUGUUGUCAUGUCGGUGGCUAUUGUGCCGCUUUCACUCGCACAUGGUUGGCGUCAAUCUUUUGCAGGUAUUGUUCAGUCAUCUUUUCUAUGGGGAUACAUGAUAUCACCUAUAGCUGGAGGGACAAUGGUGGACUAUUAUGGUGGUAAGGUGGUCAUGGCGUGGGGAGUGGUGUUGUGGUCUUUGGCCACUUUCCUUACUCCUUGGGCUGCAGAAACAUCUGUGUUGGCACUGCUUGCCAUGAGAAUGCUGCUCGGCAUAGCAGAAGGUGUAGCGCUUCCUUGUAUGAACAAUAUGAUUGCAAGAUGGUUUCCUCAAACAGAACGCGCAAGGGUUGUAGGACUUGCAAUGGCUGGUUUUCAGCUUGGAAGUGCUAUUGGACUUACGCUUUCUCCAAUCCUCAUGUCACAGGGUGGUAUGUAUGGACCAUUUGUAAUAUUCGGAUUAUUUGGUUUUCUUUGGGUGUUAGUUUGGGUAUCUGCAACCUCCAGUACUCCUGAGCAGAGUCCUCAAAUAUCAAUGUAUGAGUUGAGGUACAUACAGAACAAGGUGGCCAUACCCUCUCUCUCAAGGAAUGAAAAUAAAACAAGACAAGUCAUUCCUCCUUUUAGGCGAUUGCUCUCUAAGCUACCUACUUGGUCUCUAAUUGUUGCAAAUGCCAUGCACAGCUGGGGAUUUUUUGUUAUACUUUCAUGGAUGCCAAUAUACUUUAAAACGAUAUAUCACGUUGACCUCAGAGAAGCUGCAUGGUUUAGUGCUGUUCCAUGGAGCAUGAUGGCUGUAGUUGGCUACUUUGCUGGGUUUUGGUCUGACAUGAUGAUUCAAAGAGGCAUAAGUGUUACUUUGACUCGCAAAAUUAUGCAGUCAAUCGGAUUUAUUGGGCCUGGCAUUGCUCUCAUUGGUUUAACGACAGCAAAAAGUCCAGUAUUAGCAUCUGCUUGGCUUACUGUAGCUGUUGGACUGAAAGCAUUUAGUCACUGCGGCUUCCUUGUGAAUCUUCAGGAGAUUGCCCCACAGUACUCUGGUGUACUACAUGGUCUUUCAAAUACUGCUGGCUCGUUCGCUGCGAUGGUGGGAACAGUCGGUGCUGGUUUCUUCGUGGAACUAGUCGGCUCUUUCAAGGGAUUUUUGUUGCUGACAGCAUUUCUGUAUUUCUCUGCUGCUUUAUUCUGGAAUAUCUUUUCUACAGCUCUUGUGGUCCGGUCCGUAUUUGGCUACACUGAAUCCAAUGGUACUGCAGCUGUUAAAGCCAGAAUCCCGAUUGAAAUUCUGCCAAUUGCUCACCCUUUUGGGGAAGGAGCCUGGAGAGAUUGCAUUUAA